AUGCUGUUCACAAUCCUUUCAUGUUCACUGACAGGCAAACAGGAUUCUUUCUGCGACGGUUCGAGAUACAUCCUUUUCUCACACGAGUACGAUGAGGUGUUCCAUAACCUUGUUAUUGAAGCUUGUGCUUUGAAGCCCGACCUAGACUCGGAGCUUCUCCCACAAGGUGAUCUGACGGAGGUCGGUGAAACGGGCAUUACUGGUCACCUUCUUGAUGAUGUUUUGGCUGCUGUCGAUUCCCAUGUUGCUCGACAUGUCUUUGAUCAUGACAUUGGUCCUCAAGGUUUACUCGCAACUAAAGCGCGCAUUCUUGUCACUAACAGCAUCUCGUAUCUCAAGUAUUUCGAUCAACUUGUUUACCUGCGCCACGGUAUUAUCUUGGAGAGUGGCUCGUACAACGAGUUGAUGUCGAAUCCGGAUAGUGAAUAUUUCCUUGGAUAUGGAUUGUUUAUUUUGGUGGCCAUUUUCUUGAAAGCAUGUGCUGCGCUUCUGAUUUGGGUUUUCUGCUCGCUUCGGAGCUCAAAGCACCUUCAUGAUUCGAUGCUGCAUUCGGUCAUGCGUGCGCCUCUCAGCUUCUUUGAGACAACGCCAACGGGACGUCCUCCAGCAGCGAUAAAGACUAUUCGAGCAAGACUUCCAAGCAAAACUAUUGCACAAACUGAGGUAUCAAAAACGCGAACAACUGGUCUUGCCAAUCGAGCUAAUUCGCCUGAUGCCAAGCUUCCUACUGCCAAGGUGGUCGGUACUAGGCAAGCACGGGCAGAUCACGGAUUGACUACAGAGCACGAACCCGUUAUGGUGGAUUAUACGGUCUAUUUGCGCACUCGUCCUCAUCAUGGGCAUGAUGAACCCAUGUCUAUGCCUUACCUUGCCCCUUUAUUCGACACAUUCUCCCAUGUUUUCCUACCAGAAACACAACAGGCAGAGUUCUUCGCAAAAACUACGCUUCCCCUUGUACGUGAUCUCCUGGAUGGACAAAAUGGCUUGCUGUUUGCAUACGGCGUUACAAAUUCUGGCAAGACAUAUACAAUCCAAGGAGGCAAUGGUCCUGAUUCUGCAGCGUCGAGGGACUGCACAGCGAUGGCCGGGCCCGUUAGGCUGUACGGCGUAGAAGAAGCUAAUCCUUCUGAGUUCCUGCCUCCCACGGACAUCGAUGUGCCAACUGAUGAGCCACGACUCGCAGAAGUCCUUGCAGAACACCUCUCGAACACGGAUGACAUCGAUAUCGAUCCAACCAUCGUGAAGCUCGACCGCAACUACGAGUACUCUAUCUGGAUAUCUUACGCGGAAGUAUACAAUGAAAAGAUCCCUCGCUCCAACACUAGCGCACAACUCGCCCACCCGCUUCUGCUGACGCGUAAUGCCCUCACCGUUAAACCUUCACCUGCCUCUGACGCUUUAGAUGAGAGUAGGCCUGGGAGCGCGGGGAAGUAUAUUACAGGACUGAGAUAUUUUCGGGUAACUGCUGCACAAGCAAAGGUACUUGUCAAGCUAGGACAGCUGCACCGACGUGUCUUCGGCACGCUAGCUAACAGCCAAAAUAGCAGGAGCCAUGGUAUGAUGACUAUCAAGAUUCUAAGAGGACACCGGGGUGACUGGGAUGACCCAAGCUCUCUGCAAAUAUCGCGGUUAACCCUCGUGGAUCUAGCAGGAUCGGAGCGAGCCAAGCACACGCAGACAACUGGCGAUCGUCUAAAGGAGGCCGGAAACAUCAACAAGUCUCUCAUGGUCCUUAGGCAAUGCAUGGAGGUCAUGCGCUCCAAUCAAAAGCGCCUCGCACAAAGCCUAGCAAAUCGUGGGCGGACGGAUACUCGUGAUGUUAAGAGGGCGUUGGCUGUUGUGCCAUUUAGGCAUAGCAAACUCACGGAGGUAUUGACGGAUUACUUUGUUGGCGAUGGUCGAGUCGUGAUGAUCGUCAAAAUCAAUCCUUAUGAUACCGGCUUCGAAGAGAACUCUCAUGUAAUAAAAUUCUCUGUGCUUGCGAGAGAAGUUUCGACGACCGUGAACAAUGCACCUGUACCCCGCAUACAGACCAAUCCAAGCAAGCGGAGUACAGUCGGCUCAGCUCUGCCCAGGGCUGUGACCAGGAAGGUGACGAUAUCGAGUCUUCUCCCUAAUAAAAAGGUCAGCGAAGCACAUCUCGAGGUUCUCGAAGAGGAUGAGGCGAGGGAAGAUGGCGAGAGUGAGGAGGAAGAUGAUGAACUCAUCAAUCCGCUAGUGGAUGCCUUGUUUGAUGAAAUAGAGGACUUGCGCCUGCGGCUCUACGAGGUGGAGAUGCGCUGUGAUCACCGUGUAUGUAUGGCCUUGUUCUUCUUCCAGCAUCAUCCUGACACUAUUGAUCGGUACUAUCUUGCGACGUCGUGUGAACUCAAGCGCCUAGAUGCGGUGUCCCGCUCACCCAUCUUUGCAUGCUGUUUGGCUGUCUCUGCCGUUGUGACCAGCUACGUUGAUGCGGGUUUGGUCGGUCUAGUUCUGUCGUAUGCUUUGAACACGACAGGUUCACUGGUAGGUGGCUUUCCCUCCGUUCCAAGAUAUUGGCGACUAAGUGGCCGCAGAACUGCUGGGGAAGUCGAAUUCCGGGAGUACUCAGUCCGGUAUCGGCCUGGGCUUGAUCUAGUCCUCAAGGACAUUUCCAUGACCAUAAUGCUCCAGAAACCCAGAGAGAAAAUCGGAAUGUGGCCGAACCGGGGCAGGGAAAUCAUCCGUAAGACAUUUGCUCUUCUUCUCGCGCUAUUCCGGAUCAUCGAGCCUGCAUCUGAAGCUAUCUUCAUUGACAAAGUAGACGUCACCAAACUUGGCCUCCAUGACUCCUCACGCUCAAUAUGUGUCAUACCGUUCAGAACGUUCAAGCUCAAGAUGGGUGACCAGCAGCAAAUUCAAGUCGUGCGUACAACUUGA